GCUUGUUUAUUUUAAAGAGUUUUGACGACGAACGUCGGCAUGCAAUUGACUGGAAUUGUGUGAUAUUGAUAUUACCCGAGUUUUCGACCGAGCCGGAGCACGAUGGCUUUCGACAAGUUGCACUUGUCGAACCACAAGACCGUCUUCGUGCUCGACCACGCACCCUUCUUCAACUACGGCUGCAACAACCCGCACGAAUUCGACUUUUCCAAGUCUCGAGUGCCCGGUGUCAUUCCGCUGGCGCCGAUCGACAAGUCCCUUUGGACGUGCUGCGUCGAGUCGGCCCUCGAGUACUGCAGGGUUGUCUGGGACAUUUUCCCCAGCGGAAAGUUGAUUUCGUUCAUCAUCAGCGACUCAAAAGCCCACCGACUGAACACAUGGAGCGUGUCGCAACAAAAUCUGGCUCAUCUGCACAGCCAGUUUUCGGCUCUGGGUGCACCGGCGCCGCCACCUUCUCGGCCUGAUCACACCGUGGUGCAUGGUCUGAAGAGCUCGAUAGAACUUCUCAGUCAAUGCUCGGAACUGCAGCACGAACGGCGCACGUCCUUGACCGAAAACGCCUCCAAGGUGCAAAACAGGACCAGGGUGAUUUGCCUGACUUCGGUCCGGGAUGAUCAGCAGCUCGUCUCUUAUGAGGAAUACUUCCUCAGCAUGCUGCUCCACCAGAACAAGGUUGCCACCGGAUCGGACAAUUUGAUUCCAAUCCACCAUUGUCACUUGGUCGUCCUCAAUGUGUUUCCAAACGGGCAGCAUUGUGAUGUCAGAGGUCACCUUCCUCGAGAGAUGUCUCCAGUUUUAACCGUGGAAGCGCACUCGAUUCAGGCCGGUGGAUUUUUGUCCACAAAACUGUCCAGCCUGAUUCUUAAUCACUACAAUUUGGCGUCAACGACGGUCACUGGCAUCCCGAUGAAAGAGGAGCAAAAUGCCAGCUCGUCUGCAAACUACGACGUUGAAAUUUUCCACCCGAUAUCAUCGCACCAGUCAAUUCUUGGAGGAUCCUAUGACACAUCGUUGAUACGAGCACUUCGUGAAGGCUCGGAUUACGAGACGGUCACUCUGAAGUGGUGCACGCCGAGAGGAAGUGCGGCUGUGGAGCUGCAACACUGCACCAUGAUGCAGAGAAUCACACCGGUCGAUGUCAACAGCCGGCCCUCCUCGUGUCUCAUAAACUUCCUCUUAAGUGGCCGCUCGGUGAUGCUCGAGAUGCCGAGGAGGACUGGAGGCAAGGUCAUGUCCCAUUUGCUGGCUGCCCAUGGUGGCGAGAUUUUCAUCCACACCUUGUCAACAACCAGGAGUGUUCUCGAAGACCCUCCGUCGAUCAGUGAGGGCUCCGGAGGGCGCGUCACGGACUACAGAAUCACAGAUUUUGCUGCAAUUAUGAGAGCCAACAAACUGCUUCCUCUGAAAAGACCAAGCACCCAGUCCAUCGAGGACUCGCCUGUGUUUCAAAUGAAGAAAAGGCUGGACAGGUACACCAAGUACUGGCCCAUGACCAUCUCGUCCACAAUGAUCUUCAACUUGCGACAACACUUGGAUCCUCUUUUGGGUUACGUCGCCGAGGAAGAGAUCACAGACGAGCAGGUGAUGCAAUGUCAACAUGUGAUUUUCAACCUGGUGGGCCUCGAGUCCAGACACGAACCCCUCAAUCCCCCCACCAUGGGCCACAAAGGAAAAGGUCCAAAAAGGGAUGAGCAGUACCGAACGUUGUGGAAUGAGUUGGAAACGUACAUCCGGGCAAACUGCAACUCGGAAAAUCACCGGAAAGUGCUCAGCUGCCUCCUCGAGUGCCGCAACAAGCCCGACGUGCCCAAGAGCAAAAGUCGCGAUGACAAAGUGGGCCUCGACCAAGCCCUCAGAGAAUUGGAUCCGUAUGGUGGUUCAGACGAGAGUCUUCAGCGAGUCAGCGUCAUAAGAGCGACAACAGACUCGCCCAUGUCGCCUCCGCUGCAUUCGCAACACGCCCUUGGUCCUUACACGUCCCUGCUCGACAUUUGGGUCACCAAAGUGAACAUCGAGCGCACCAGAAAAGGACCAGAUUUUUACGGUCGGACGAUCACACCUGAUGGAGCCAUCGCCAGACUCUACACAAAUUUGAAAACGGACGGAGAGGAACCGGAGAAGUAGAUUAUCUGUAUUUACAAAUAAAACGUUUUGAA